CUGCCGCCGCGCCCUUCUCUGGGCGUCUGAUUCCCAUCCUUGCAGCCCCGCCCAGGCGGCUGCCCGUGACCUGCCUGGGCGCAGGGAACGGAAAGUCGGAAGGGGUAAGAGGAGUUCAGUUCAUCAUGGGCCUGUUUGGAAAAACCCAGGAGAGGCCUCCCAAAGAGCUGGUUAAUGAAUGGUCACUGAAGAUCAGAAAGGAAAUGAGAGUUGUUGACAGGCAAAUAAGAGAUAUCCAAAGAGAAGAAGAGAAAGUAAAACGAUCUGUGAAAGACGCAGCCAAGAAGGGCCAAAAGGAUGUCUGUGUGGUUCUGGCCAAGGAGAUGAUCAGGUCAAGGAAAGCCGUGAGCAAGCUCUAUGCAUCCAAAGCACACAUGAACUCUGUGCUCAUGGGCAUGAAGAACCAACUUGCGGUCCUGAGAGUAGCUGGCUCUCUUCAGAAGAGCACAGAAGUGAUGAAGGCAAUGCAGAGUCUUGUGAAGAUCCCAGAAAUCCAGGCCACCAUGCGGGAGCUGUCCAAAGAGAUGAUGAAGGCUGGAAUCAUAGAGGAGAUGUUAGAGGAUACAUUUGAAAGCAUGGAUGAUCAAGAAGAAAUGGAAGAAGCAGCAGAGAUGGAGAUUGACAGAAUCCUCUUUGAAAUCACAGCAGGAGCCUUGGGCAAAGCACCCAGUAAAGUAACUGAUGCCCUCCCUGAGCCUGAACCUGCAGGAGCGACGGCUGCCUCGGAAGAGGGAGAGGAGGAAGAAGAUGAAGAGGACCUGGAGGCUAUGCAGUCACGGCUGGCCACACUCAGAAGCUAGGGCCACCCAGCUGGGUCUCAGCUCCCUGGUGUCCUCCUCUAGGUGUGUAUGCGGCCUCUGAGGAGUCACCAUUUUCUAUAUCUCUUGCACUACGCCUCUGUUGUGAAGCAUUACAUUUGGAGAGGGUUCUAUGCUGGUAUAUCUUCACUGCUGCAGAGGAUUUAAAGAUUGUUUUUAUGAAGGUGGUGUAAUCAAAUGUAUUAUUUUCAGGAGCAUAAAUAGUAGAAGUAUCUUCUUUGGGGGAGGGCAAAGAAACCCAUUUUCUCAUGAAGCAAUUUUAAGAAGAGUAGAUUGAAUGUUGAGGACUCUAUAUUUGGUGUGUAUGUGUAAAAUACUAUAUUAGUGGAUAUCAAUAAACUUCUACUUUAGCUCUUG